GACCCUUUCCUGCUCACUGUCCACACUCUCCCACACUCACACCUUCUCUCCAAACCAUACCACUGCAGCGCCGCGUGCCAUUGGGAGCGCGCAGUCCAUUUCUCGAAACCACGCCAACCCACUUACCCGCGGGAGUGACCACAUCCUUGCCGUCGGCGUCUGAGCUUUGCCCAUAGCUCGACAAAAUCCAAUCCAGCUGUCGAAUGAGAAUUUAGGCACUCAUUUGCUAUAAACGAGAACGACUUUGAAGAGGCGCUUUCGCCCACUGCACCCACCAGACCAUCCCCUCAGACACGCCGCCGAUCCAACAUGUAUGGCAGCGGCUCCCAGACCGGCGUCUCUACGCCACGCUCGCAAGCCGUAUCACGACCUCUCACGCUCACUCACGGAUCGCUCGAAUACACCUUUUUGAUACCCACCGCAUUACAUUUCAAUGCUACACAGCUCAAGGAUCAGUUUCUUUCGACCCUCCCCGAGGCCACAGAAGAGCUUGCUCAGGAUGACGAGCCUUCCUCAGUCACGGAGCUGGUUGCUCGAUACAUUGGCUUUGUUGCCAAAGAAGUAGAGGAGGGCGAAGACCCGGAGCUCUUCACUGAAGUUCUGAAACUCGUCCUCACUGAGUUUGAGCGCACCUUCCUCCGCGGGAACGAGGUGCACGCAAUUGCCUCACAUCUGCCCGGCAUCUACGAGAAGAAGCUCGUCACAGUGCAGGCAUACUACGCCGCCCGCGCUGCCGUCAAGCGAGCCAUUAGAGCACACGAGUCUGCGCUUCUGCGUGAAGCUGCUGAUGAGAAUGCUUAUGUCUACGCUGUUUUUGGCGGACAAGGCAACAUUGAAGAAUACUUUGACGAGCUCCGAGAAAUCUACAACACCUACCCUUCAUUGGUGCGCGACUUCUUGAAUGUGGCUGCACAACAUCUGCAGUUCCUGUCAAGGGACGAGCAAGCGUUCAAGAGCUACGCCAAAGGCCUCGAUAUCAUGCGAUGGCUGGACAACAAGGACUCGCAGCCGGAUACCGACUAUUUGGUUUCUGCACCAGUCAGCUUCCCAUUGAUCGGUCUUACACAGCUCGCACACUACGUUGUGACCUGUAGAGUGCUUGGUACACACCCAGGUCACGUCCGAGAUCGUUUCUCUGGCGCUACUGGACACUCUCAGGGUGUUGUCACCGCAGCUGCUAUUGCCGCCUCGUCGAACUGGGAGACCUUCGACAAACAUGCCCGAAAUGCCCUCACGAUCCUCUUCUGGAUCGGUGCCCGCAGCCAGCAAGCCUACCCUCGCACAUCUCUCGCACCAAACGUGCUGCAAGACUCGAUCGACAAUGGCGAAGGAGCUCCAACUCCCAUGUUGACCGUGCGAGAUCUCUCGCGGGAGACCGUGGAGAAGCUGAUCAAGCAGACAAACGAGCAUCUGCCGGAAGACAGGCACAUCGGCAUCUCGCUCGUGAACAGCGCUCGCAACUUCGUCGUUACUGGUCCACCGAUGUCACUGUACGGUCUCAACCUGCAGCUGCGCAAAAUCAAGGCUCCAACUGGCCUUGACCAGAAUCGGAUACCAUUCACGGAGCGCAAGGUCCGUUUCGUCAACCGCUUCCUCCCAAUCACCGCACCUUUCCACAGUCCAUACCUCGCAGAGGCCAUGAAGCACCUAGAAAAAGAUUUGGCAGAGAUCAACAUCCAAGCUUCCGAGCUCGGAAUCCCAGUAUACGAUACAUACACUGGUGAGGAUUUGCGUGAGGAGAAGGCUGGCCAAAGCAUUACACCUGCGUUGGUCAAGAUGAUCUGCCAGGAUCAAGUGCUAUGGGAGAAGGCUACAGUCAUGCCAAAUGCCACGCACAUCCUCGACUUCGGCCCGGGUGGCAUCUCUGGCCUUGGUGUUCUUACCAACCGCAACAAGGACGGAACUGGUGUUCGUGUAAUCCUCGCAGGCACCAUGGAUGGCACGAAUCCCGAGGUUGGAUACAAGCCUGAAAUCUUCGACCGUGACGCAGAGCACGCCGUCAAGUACGCCGUGGACUGGGUGAAAGAGUAUGGACCAAAGCUUGUCAAGACUUCUGCAGGACAGACGUUUGUGGAUACCAAGAUGAGUCGGAUGCUCGGCUUGCCGCCUGUCAUGGUUGCUGGCAUGACGCCUUGCACCGUGCCCACGGACUUUGUCGCAGCCACCAUGCGCGCUGGCUACGAGAUUGAGCUGGCUGGUGGUGGCUACUACAACGACAAGAGCAUGACGGAAGCCAUUGCCAAGAUCGAGAAGGAGAUUCCUGCAGGUCGUGGUAUCACAGUCAACCUCAUCUAUGUCAACCCUCGUGCGAUGGCUUGGCAGAUUCCAAUGAUUGGGCGACUGCGAGCUGAGGGCGUGCCAAUCGAAGGUCUGACCAUUGGUGCCGGUGUCCCCUCGAUUGAGGUCGCCAACGAAUACAUUCAGACACUCGGCAUCAAGCACAUCGGCUUCAAGCCCGGCUCAUCUGAUGCCAUCCAGGCUGUGAUCAACAUCGCAAAGGCCAACCCUGGCUUUCCAGUGAUGAUGCAGUGGACCGGUGGUCGCGGUGGUGGCCAUCACUCUUUCGAGGACUUCCACCAGCCGAUUCUGUCCAUGUACAGCAGAAUCCGACGAUGCGAGAACCUGGUUCUGCUCGCCGGUUCUGGUUUCGGUGGCGCAGAAGACACCUACCCUUACCUCACUGGUGAGUGGGCGAAGAAAUUCGGCUACCCACCAAUGCCGUUCGAUGGUGUCCUCUUUGGCAGUCGUGUCAUGGUGGCCAAGGAAGCACACACUUCCCCUGCAGCCAAGCAGGCUAUCGUGGAUGCACCAGGUCUCGAGGACCACGAGUGGGAGAAGACCUACAAGGGGGCCGCUGGUGGUGUUAUCACUGUCCGCUCUGAAAUGGGCGAGCCUAUCCACAAGCUUGCUACCCGUGGUGUGCUCUUCUGGGCAGAGAUGGACCAGAAGAUUUUCUCCCUCGACAAGGCCAAGCGCAUCCCUGAGCUGAAGAAACAGCGCGAGUACAUCAUUCAGAAGCUUAACGACGACUUCCAGAAGCCAUGGUUUGGGCGCAACAAGGCCGGCGAAUGUGUUGAUCUUGAAGAUAUGACCUACGGAGAGGUACUGCGCCGCAUGGUCGAUCUCAUGUACAUCAAGCACCAGAAGCGAUGGAUCGACAAGUCGCUCGCUCGCUUGACUGGCGACUUCAUUCGCCGCAUUGAGGAACGCUUUGCCGAGACCAAUGGCGCUGGUUCCCUCAUUCAGAACUACACUGAGCUGGAUGACCCAUUCGGCACCGUCGCAAAGGUGCUCGAGACAUACCCAGAAGCCGAUGUCCAGCUCAUCAACGCCCAAGAUGUGCAGCACUUCCUGCUUCUCUGCCAGCGACGUGGACAGAAGCCAGUGCCUUUCGUUCCCUGCUUGGACGACACCUUCGAGUUCUUCUUCAAGAAGGAUUCUCUCUGGCAGUCUGAGGAUCUUGAGGCUGUCGUCGACCAGGAUGUCGGCCGUGUUGCCAUCCUACAGGGACCAAUGGCUGUCAAGUACUCUAAGAUCGUCGAUGAGCCGAUCAAGGACAUCCUCGACGGUGUUCACGAGGGUCACAUCAAAUUCUUGACGCGUGAUCUGUAUGGCGAUGAUGUCAAGAAGAUUCCCCAGGUCGAAUACUUCGGUGGAAAGCUCAUUGAAGCCAGCGAUGAUCUCCACAAUGUCGAAGGCCUCACGGUCAAUGAGACUGAGCACAAGAUCCUGUACCGCUUGUCGUCAGUCACUGGCACCGCUCUCCCACCAUUGGACAACUGGAUUCAGCUGCUCGCUGGCCGCGCCCACACCUGGCGCCACGCCUUUUUCACGACCGAUGUGUUCGUUCAAGGUCAAAGAUAUCAGACCAACCCUGCCCACCGCAUCUUUGCGCCAACACCAGGUAUGGUUGUCGAGAUCCAGCACCCCAACGACCCCAAGAGAACGACAAUCAGCGUCAAGGAGCCUUCGCACGGCAAUGAGUACGUUCAAACUGUGCACGUUGCCCGCGACAGCAAUGGCGAGAUCACUGUCAACAUGAUCGAAGGCCGUACAGCGACCGGCAAGGCUGUCGCUCUGCCACUGCGUUUCACAUACCAUCCAGAGACUGGUUACGCACCAAUUCGCGAAAUCAUGGAAGCUCGCAAUGAUCGCAUCAAGGAGUUCUACUACAAGAUCUGGUUCGGCGACGAAGCUUGUCCAUUCGACGUGGAUGUCACUUCGCGCUUCGACGGAGGACGUGCAACAGUCACCAGCGAAGCAAUCAACGACUUCGUCCACGCUGUGGGCAACACUGGUGAGGCCUUCGUUGACCGACCGGGUAAGGAAGUCUUCGCUCCUAUGGACUUCGCCAUCGUGGUUGGCUGGAAGGCUAUCACUAAGCCAAUCUUCCCACGCACCAUUGAUGGAGAUCUUCUCAAGCUCGUCCACUUGUCGAACGGCUUCCGCAUGAUUCCUGGCGCCGCGGCACUUAAGAAGGGCGAUGUCCUUGACACGACUGCUCAAGUCAAUGCUGUCAUCAACCAAGCCUCGGGCAAGAUGGUCGAGGUUUGCGGCACCAUCACACGUGAUGGCAAGCCGGUCAUGGAGGUCACCAGCCAAUUCUUGUACCGUGGCAACUACACCGAUUACCACAACACCUUCCAACGCAAGGUCGAGACGCCUAUGCAGGUGCACCUCGGCUCGACGAAGGAUGUGGCAGUUCUGCAAUCGAAGGAAUGGUUCAAGAUUGAGAACGAGGACGUUGAUCUUCUGAACCAGACUCUUGUCUUCAGACUCAACAGCAUCCUCCGUUACAAGAACCAGACUGUGUUCUCGUCUGUCCAGACAGAGGGCACGGUCGAGCUCGAGCUGCCCAGCAAGGAGAUCAUCACCGUCGCCUCUGUCGAAUACGAGGCAGGAACCUCUUACGGUAACCCUGUUCUUGAUUACUUGACUCGCAACGGAUCUGCUCUUGAUCAGCCUGUGAACUUCGAGAACCCAAUUCCUCUCAGCGGCAAGACUCCUCUGGUGCUGAAGGCCCCAUCGUCCAACGAGACCUAUGCUCGUGUCUCUGGCGACUACAACCCAAUUCACGUGUCACGUGUUUUCUCGCAGUACGCCGGCCUUCCUGGUACGAUCACGCACGGCAUGUACUCGAGUGCUGCCGUUCGAUCGCUCGUGGAGACCUGGGCUGCUGAGAACAACGUUGGUCGUGUCCGCAGCUUCCAUGCCUCGCUCGUGGGCAUGGUCCUGCCUGAUGACACUAUCGAAGUCAAGCUUCAACACGUUGGCAUGGUUGCUGGCCGCAAAAUCAUCAAGAUUGAGGCGCAGAAGGCUGAGACUGAGGAAAAGGUGUUGCUUGCGGAGGCAGAGGUCGAGCAACCUGUGUCCGCUUACGUCUUCACUGGCCAAGGUUCGCAAGAGCAAGGUAUGGGUAUGGAUCUAUACGGAUCCAGCGAGGUUGCAAAGGAGGUCUGGGACCGCGCCGACAAACAUUUCAUGGACAACUACGGCUUCGCCAUCACCAACAUCGUCAAGAACAACCCCAAGGAGCUCACCAUUCACUUUGGUGGCGCACGCGGCAAGGCCAUCCGCAAGAACUACAUGGACAUGACUUUCGAGACUGUCGCCACCGACGGCUCCAUCAAGUCGGAGAAGAUCUUCAAAGAGAUCAACGAGAACACCACUUCCUACACGUACCGAUCGCCAACCGGUCUGCUGUCUGCCACACAGUUCACCCAGCCGGCAUUGACGCUCAUGGAGAAGGCAUCGUUCGAAGACAUGCUUUCCAAGGGUCUUGUCCAGCGCGACAGCAGCUUCGCUGGUCACUCACUCGGAGAGUACAGUGCGCUGGCUGCUUUGGCUGAAGUCAUGCCAAUCGAGUCAUUGGUCUCUGUCGUGUUCUACCGUGGUCUGACCAUGCAAGUCGCUGUCGAGCGUGACGAGGCCGGACGCUCCAACUACUCCAUGUGUGCUGUCAACCCAUCGCGUAUCAGCAAGACUUUCAACGAGCAGGCCUUGCAAUACGUUGUCGAGAACAUCUCUCUCACAACUGACUGGCUUCUCGAAAUUGUCAACCUCAACGUCCACAACCAGCAGUACGUCUGCGCUGGUGAUCUCCGUGCUCUGGACACCCUCACUGGUGUGCUCAACUACCUCAAGGCACAGAAGAUUGACAUCCAAGAGCUCAUGCAAACCAUGAGCAUGGACGAGGUCAAGGCUCACCUGGUCGAGAUCAUCCAGGGCUGCGCCAAACAGACCGAGGCCAAGCCUAAGCCUCUGGAUCUGCAGAGAGGCUUCGCCACCAUUCCUCUCAAGGGUAUCGACGUGCCUUUCCACUCGACCUUCUUGCGCUCUGGCGUGAAGCCUUUCCGAUCCUUCUUGUUGAAGAAGAUCAACAAGACUUCCAUCGACCCUAGCAAGCUCGUUGGAAAAUACAUCCCCAACGUCACCGCGAAGCCAUUCGAGCUUACCAAGGAGUACUUCCAAGAUGUGUACGAGCUUACAAAGUCUCCUCGCAUCGGCAACAUUUUGGAGAACUGGGACAAAUACGAGAGCGAUUCACCAGAUGUGAUUCGUCCUCGUGCAGGCAGCAUGGCAGUGCCUAACCAUGGGUGAGAGAUUGCGAGCUCUCACGAGCAGUGACGGCAGGCGUUUUAAUGUUUCUUCUCACGGCUUUUAUGAUGGUGCGUGAUGGCGAUGUAUAAUGGGAUGGCGUUUUGUGUUUCAGAAGAAGGUGGAAUCAUGAUUGUUGCAUCUGUGUAUCUGAUAGAUAGAUUUGUGUGUUCCAACAGAGAAAUGAAAGAAAUAGUGUUAGUUCAGAACGCAGCUUCCACAUCUCA